CCUGAAUAGGGUCUGACAGGCUGCAGGGUAGUGACCCACCCACACUACAAACUUCAGAGGGUGAGGUGUCAACGUGCAGCAGCCUUUUGAACCUCACGUCACCAGAACUGGUCGAACCAGGCCGAGCCCCAGCUCAGCAGCACGUUUCACACCGUGAACCGGCCCGACGGGUGAGUCCCACCCUCCAGGUUUGGGGAAUAAAGCACGAGUCGGAGCAAGCUCCAGGCACAGCUCCAGACUCUGAGAAGGAUUCAACAUGCUUCAGCUGCUGCUGUUCGCCGCCGUGCUGAUCGGGGGAUACGUGCUCCUCACGCAGACGCUCUUCAAACGCUCCAAAUGCAAAGGGAAUGCAGCCAUGGCGGGGAAGACCGCCAUCAUCACAGGAGGAAACACCGGCAUCGGUAAAGCCACAGCAAUGCAUCUGGCCCGGAAAGGAGCUCGAGUGAUCCUGGCCUGCCGAAACCGGAACAAAGCUGCAGCCGCCAUCGCAGAAAUACAGCAGGAGACGGGCAGUACUGACGUCCUCUACAUGCAGCUGGAUCUGUGCAGUCUGAAGUCUGUCAGCAGCUUUGCGGAGCGAUUCCUGAAGACUGAGAGCCGACUGGAUCUGCUCAUCAACAAUGCAGGGCUGGUGGCCGACGGGCGCACCGAGGACGGCUUUGGCAUCGAGUUUGGCGUGAACCACCUGGGUCACUUCCUGCUGACCUGCUUGCUGCUGGACCGUCUGAAUGAGGCUGGCGGGGGACGGGUGGUCACCCUGUCCUCCAUGGCUCAUCGCUGGGGACACAUUGACUUCGAGGCUCUGCAGACACAGAAGCACCUGGGUACGGGUGUGUACAGCUGGCAGUUCUUCCAGGCGUACUGCAGCUCCAAACUCUGUAACGUCCUCUUCACACACCACCUGGCCAAGAAGCUGCAGGGAACCAAGGUCACCUGUUACUGCGUCCACCCAGGCAUCGUGCGGACCGAGCUGUCCCGGCACGUCAGCCUGUGGCAGAAGGUCUUCAUCGAGCCGAUCGCCCGCCUGCUGUUCCUGGACCCGGAGGCCGGCGCUCAGACCACGCUGCACUGCGCCCUGCAGGAGGGGAUCGAACCGCUGAGCGGCCGGUACUUCUCCUGCUGCGCCGUGCAGGAGGUGUGCGCUCACGCCCGUGACGACGAGGCGGCCGGGAAACUGUGGGAGCUCAGUGAGCGGUUCUGCGGCCUGGCGUCCUAACUUCUCUGCCUUCAGCGCUGGGAUCGCUGUGCUGCUGCCGACCAGUGGCCGAUGUCUGAAAGUGUUUCUUCACAUUUAAAGUUUGUACGAGAGAAAAUCUGAGCACUGAACGUCAACACUCAAGUAAAAACACUCAGUUAAUGUUGAACCACAGCACCUUGUGUUUCCUCAUAGUUUUGUUGGACUGUUUCUUUAUUUUGUGAAGCAUUUACAUUUGGAAGUCUGCUAUUAUCUAAAGUUCUCAGUUUUGUUUUGUUUUUUAUAUUUUUGGUGUUUGUUUUUCACAUUAUAUAAUAAAUCUCCA